AUGUCACUACCACAGGCUCUUCAAGACUUUUUUGACAUGUUGUCUGAUCCAGAUAUUGAAGGUUAUGAUGCCGAUACAAGCCUUAGUCUCCCUGAGUCCAACAUGCCUCCAGGUCUGAUGACACCAUCAGAUGAUCUUGUUGUUGACCCUGCAUACUGGCUUGCAAAUCUGGAGCGAGAGCAUCUCAUGAGACAACAGUUUAAUGAGUCUGUUAAUAUGUGUCCUACAUCUACAGCACUGGAGUCUGACUUGACCAUUACUAUUCUCCCUCAAACUCUCAAUACUGGCAGUGCGAUGGAGUCUGAGAGUGAUCCGACAACUCCCACUAUGGCUCACAUUCCACCUUGUCCUUAUCAAGAUGACACUGGUAGCACUACGGAGUCCGAGAGCGAAACGGACAGCUUACUCGAUGGGUAUUUUAAUGUAUGCCCCUCUAUGUCUACAGCUCGUCCUACAUCUACAGCACUGGAGUCUGACUUGACCAUUACUAUUCUCCCUCAAACUCUCGAUACUGGCAGUGCAACGGAGUCUGAGAGUGAUCCGACAACUCCCACUAUGGCUCACAUUCCUUGUUGUCCUUAUCAAGAUGACACUGGUAGCACCACAGAGUCUGAGAGCGAAACGGACAGCUUACUCAAUGGCUAUUUUGUCAUAUGA